CCGGAGACAGGUGUCAAGAACCCGCAGCGCUCGGCACGCUCAGCUCUCCCGACUUCUAGCCAGUCGGCGGCGCCUCGGCCCGCAGCGAGAGCUGAGGCCGCCCGGCCCAGGCCCGGCCACUACCGCGCAGCUACAUCGCCGCCCGCUCCGCCGCUCCUUGGUCCUAACACAGUGCAAAGUGCCCAGGGGAGAAGAUGGAUUGGAGCACCCUGCACACUAUCCUGGGAGGUGUCAAUAAACACUCCACCAGCAUUGGGAAAAUCUGGCUCACUGUCCUCUUCAUUUUUCGCAUUAUGAUCCUGGUCGUGGCCGCAAAGGAGGUGUGGGGAGACGAGCAAGCUGAUUUCACCUGCAACACCCUCCAGCCUGGCUGCAAAAACGUAUGCUACGACCACUACUUCCCCAUCUCCCACAUCCGACUGUGGGCUCUGCAGCUGAUCUUCGUGUCCACACCAGCGCUCCUGGUGGCCAUGCAUGUGGCCUACCGGAGACAUGAGAAGAAAAGGAAGUUCAUCAAGGGGGAGAUUAAGACUGAAUUUAAGGACAUCGAAGAGAUCAAAAGCCAGAAGGUCCGCAUCGAAGGGUCCCUGUGGUGGACCUACACCAGCAGCAUCUUCUUCCGAGUCGUCUUUGAAGCCGUCUUCAUGUACGUCUUCUACAUCAUGUAUGAUGGCUUCUCCAUGCAGCGUCUGGUGAAAUGUAAUGCCUGGCCUUGUCCCAACACAGUGGACUGCUUUGUCUCCCGGCCCACAGAGAAGACUGUUUUCACGGUGUUCAUGAUUGCCGUGUCUGGAAUUUGCAUACUGCUGAAUGUCACUGAAUUGUGUUAUUUGCUAAUUAGAUAUUGUUCUGGAAAGUCCAGAAAGCCAGUUUAACACAUUGUACAGCUGUUAGAUAAAAAAUAGACAGCAGGAAAAGGAUGAGGCCUCCUAUGCUUAGCUGUCAAGGCUCAGUCACCAGCAUUUCCCAAGACAAAGGUUCUGAUCAUAACAUAACCAUUUGAAUCCCUGCAGGCCUCACAGUGAAACUCCAGGUACCUCAGCAGAGGUCUACUCUCCAAAACUUCAAAGUAAAGGACUGAUUCUAUACCUGUAUUAAUUUUUACUAAAGUUAGUUCCAAUGAGACCCUAUGCCAUAGGGGUCACUGAUGUCAGGUUCUUUCAUAUUUGAAAGGAAGGAUAUCAGCAAAGGAUAUCCUCUUUCUCUGGGGACGAGAGAGAAAGGCUGGGUUCUAAAAGGGAUACCAAACAGGUUUGGGUGUCCCUCUUACAGUUUCCUUUGCCAAUUUUCCCCCAAAUUAAAGGUAAACAUAGAGAAUCUUAGUCCUUUUACCUGCUUUGGAAGUUUUAAUCUCAAACAAUGGACAAAGUUACCUGUGCUUCAAACUCUAUAUACUUUUUUUUAAGUGAAAACUUUGAAAUAAGAUAAGUUCCUUUGGUCUAAAGCUGUUUUGGAUAUGAUUGUUUGUUUCUCCUAAUUCAGAGGCUCAGAUUGUGAUUAUCUGAAUGGUGUAUAAUUAGACACCGUGAUUUAAUUUCAAAUAUGGCCUUUCGGUUAUAGAUAAUUUGCUGUGCAACCGAGAGGCUCUCUAUCACGUUAAUUGUGGGAUGUUUCAAAAUUUUAGGUAUAAUGUUAUUUAAGAAAUACAGACUACAUGUGCCACCAGCUACUACCUGUAAUGACAGGUUGGCUUGACAUCUUUGCCUUUUCCAUUACUGUGGUAAAUGGUAGCCGGCAUCAGAAGGAAUGCUGAUUUAAGAGGCUGCCUGGGGAUUUUAUUGGCACAGUACCAUUUAAUGGCGCAGACCAAAUGGGGCGGGAGGAGGGAGGGAUUGCUGUUGUUAAAGGACAGAUGGAAAGACCAGACUCUAAAUUUUUCUAGUUAAAAAUGAGUUUCAUCUACUUCAAAAGUUUGUUUGCUUCUGUCUUCAGCAUCCAAUUGUUUUUAAGUAAAACUAUAACUAAUAGACAUUUGAAAAGAACAGAAACUAGGCUUUAGAUAUUUAGACAUUCUAUAGGACAAAUUAAACCCAAAUAUUACUAUUAUGCUCAACAUGGUUUCCAAAACAUGGUACUAAAUGAGGAUAAGCAUUUUCCUGUUCCCAAGAACAGUAUUGUAAAAACAUUUUGU